GAGUCGAGGAUCAUGUAAUUCCCUCCAAAUGCUGAGGUAGAAGUUAGAAACACCAUUAGUGACCAAACUGCAGCAACAAGAAGAGAAAAGGUGCCAUGCUUUGUAAAGGACUUUAUCAAUAGUUGUGCUUGUGGGUUGGAUGGACAAUUCCCCUGUGAUCCUCAUGUUGGGCCUACCUAUUGGACGGGUUGGAUGUUGUACACAUGACAUAGCAGCUAGUUGGCAGUUGGAUAAUGAAAUUGGUGAUAGGUCAACUAGCGAUGUCGUUGUCAGGUUACGGACGCACGAGGGCAGGGAUGAUUGGUUUUACUGCCACUCUCACGUACUCGUAGAAAAGAGCAAGUACUUUGCCGAGCGUCUCUCUGAGGAUUGGCCAACAUGCCAGAUCCUAGACUCCCGUAACUGUGUUGAAGUAUACUGCCAGGAAUCGGAUUUUGACCAUCACGUUAGUGCUCUACGCCUCCUUUACAUUCCUGACGACUCAAUGCCCAACACCUGGCAUGGCGUCAAAACUACACUUGGCAUCAUUCAAGUGGCUGUCCAGCUAGGCUGUCCACAGAUGGUCCGUGCUUGUGUGGACUACUUGGAAGCAGUCCCUUGGGAGGAGGCUGAGGAGGAGGAGAUUCUAAGAAUCAUCCCAGCCCUUGGAUCACAAGCUGAACCGAUCCUUGCCCGUCUUCAACCAGUUGACCCUACGGCCAUCGUCAGAAUUUUCUUCUCGGCCAUCCAUUUUGCCACAUCAUCGCCCCCUCCGUCAAUGAAUGAUCUGAAAUCCUCUGCCCAGGAGCAGCUUGAGUAUAUGCUCACCGAGGAUGAUGAUGCCCCACUGCUGACAGCCGAUGACAGAAUAAAAUCUGAGGUUAGAAAAUGUGUGAACAGUCUCUUAACCAGAUUCUAUAGCGAGCUAGAGACUCUGGUUAGUGGGCCAGAGGACUUGGAACCAGUGAUGGAAGGGAAGCAGAUGCUACAAUCCCUCUUAUCAGACCUAGCAUGGGCUUGCCAGAUAUUGAUCAAGUUGGAGAUGAUGAAGGAUUUCGUGCACAGUUGGGUAGAGAUGUCAGACAAGAUAGUGGAGGCUGUGGACGAUGGGAGUUUAAAUUUCGAUGCACUUGAAAAGAAAUUAAAAGUCAUUGAGGUCGCUGCUAAGGUUUUAGAAGUCAUUGGAUAUGGGAAUGUGAUCCUUCCAACAGCAAGGCGACUUCACAUGGUAAAGGUUUGGCUUCCUUUUGUACGGAGGACAAAGCCAAUGCUUGAUUCUGAUGGUUUCGAUGGUGUUGAUCGGCCUUCCUUUAAGAUGGACAGCGAGCUUUGGCAGAGCAUUGAAUCUGCGUUCAUAUCAAUCGUGCUCGCUUUGCCAUCAGGGGACCAGGCACAGAUCUUGGCUGAUUGGUUGAGCGGUGAGAAUGUCCACUUUCCGGACCUGACUGAGGCAUUCGAAGUGUGGUGUUACAGGUCCAAGGUUGCAAAGAGAAGGAUGGCAGCAUUACGUGGCGGUAGAAGUGGAUUUGAACCCAUGAGCUCAAGCAGUGAAGGAAACAGUGUCUACACCACAGCUAUUUUGCUUUAACUAGGCUAUUUUUGUACCUAAACCAUUUCCAGAGUAUCUAUCAUUAGAAUAAGAAGAUCCUAGUUUAAUUAUUAUAAAAACUCAAGUCUAGUUGAAUCGAGUCUUUAAUUCUACCUGACUCAACUGGAUAUCGAGAUGAGUGAAGUUGUAGUUGGUUGUUGCUGCUGGUUCUCGUUGGCUCUUUGGAGGGAUGUGUGGCUGAUGAUGGUUGGCUGUGGAUAAUGUAUGGGGCCAUAGCUGAAGGUUAGGCUGGGUGAUUUCUAUCUAUGGAUGGUGUGAUGUGGCUUUGUAAUGAAUGGGUAGCAGAUGGUGGAGAUGAUUCCUUUGUAUUGAAUGGGUAGCUUGGGGUGCUGUUAAUGGAUGGUUUGAUGGUUGAAAAGGUGGUUGUGUUUCUCUGUCCAGUUGUGGCUGUGUGUGUGCUGUAUUAGCCUCUCCAGGAGAUGCCAAAGAUUGUGGCUGUUCCAAGUCCUUAUCCCAAGUUCCACAUGAUGCUUAGACUGUCAUGGGGUUGGGAAAUGAUAGGAUCCCGGGGUUGCUGAUUUAAAGCUAUGGCUCUUUUGCCGUCCUGCUGUAGGCUUCUAAAGAUACUGAGGUUGCUGCGGUGGCCUUUAUGUCGCUGGUUUGUGUUGUAAGCUGUGGCUAUUUUGCUGUCAAUGCUUACAUUGUCUUUGAUGAAUCUGGGGUACUGAUUGGUGUGGCUCCGUUUGGUGACUGGAUUCGGUUUUUGUCAUUGCACUCUAUUUUCUUGUAAUUUAUUUGUUUUGUGCUGUA